CCCCCAAGCCCCCUCAUUCUGUUCUGCUCAUUUCCCUAAACUCUUGCAUCACAAUCCUGUUUCCCUGGCCUCAUGAUGCAUUCAUUCAUUCAUUCAUUCAUUCAUUCAAGGUCUUGUCCCCAAGAGGUUCUGUCCAGUUUUCAUACUGAUCCAGUUUAGAUGUCAGUGCUGACCGAUGACCAAUGACCAUGUCGGGAAGGGACUUCAGAGCCCAGGUCUCCAUCCCACCAGGUGCUCACCACUCACUCUCCCAGCCUCGCUGGCUGAAAUCUAAGAGCACAGGACCUGGAGCCAAUGCCGGCGUCACAGCGUAGCCGCUGUAUGACCUAGGAAAGUGCCCCAUCUUUUCUGAGCCUCUAUUUCCUUGUCUGGAAAAUGGAGGUCACAGGUUGAUGGGAGGGUUUAAGGAAGUAAUCUGUCUAUAGAGUCUUUCCCCGGUAAAGUCUUCAGCUGUUAGUCUUUGGCCAACGGUCUGGCCGGCAGUAAACACAGGCAAAGAUGACUUGUUAUUCACCCUCGUCCCGGGAGUGAAGGCCGGGGUGCACCCCGUUUAAGACAUGAAGAAAGUGAGGCUCAAAGAAGCAGAGAAGCGUGAGGUCACACGGCUCUGACGUGCGGCUGGGAAGGACAGGAUCUUCCAUUUGAGCCACAGCCAGUCCUGCCAGAGGAUCGUGCCAACCCUCGAAAGCCCUAGAAAACGUGAAGAAGAUCUGUAAGAUCCGAGCCUGGAAGAGGGGCUUUGGCGCGCGGGGGAAUUUACAGACGCUCCCUGCUUUUGGUGACAGCGCGACCUGCCCGUCCUUCAGUCCGGGACCUUCAGUCCGUCCGGCCACCUUGGACCGGAGGAGGGCUUGGGGAAGCUGAAGCGGCAGUGGUGGCUGGACCGGCUGCAGUGGCCGGGGCCUCCGCGGAAGGGCCAUGUCCGAGUCGUCCCCGCAGGGUGCUGAGCGCGACCUUUUCCGGGACACGUGGGUGCGAUACCUGGGCUACGCCAAUGAGGUGGGGGAGGCCUUCCGCUCCAUGGUGCCCGCGGCGGUGGUGUGGCUGAGCUAUGGGGUGUCCAGCUCCUACGUGCUGGCUGAUGCCAUUGACAAGGGCAAGAAGGCAGGAGAGGUGCCAGGCCCUGAAGCGACCCGCCGCACCAGGGUGACCGUGGCCGUGGUGGACACGUUCGUGUGGCAGGCUCUGGCCUCUGUGGCCAUCCCAGGCUUCACCAUCAACCGUGUGUGCGCGGCCUCUCUCUACGUCCUGGGCACUGCCACCCGCUGGCCUCUGGCUGCCCGCAAGUGGACCACCACUGCCCUGGGACUGCUGGUCAUCCCCAUCAUCAUCCACCCCAUCGACAGGUCAGUGGACUUCCUCCUGGACUCCAGCCUGCGCAAGAUCUACCCCUCAGUGGAGAAGCCCAGCUCCUCCUGACCACAGCCUGGCACCUGGCCCAGGGGUUGGCACACUCCCUGCUUUCCAACCUCCUCCUCCUGUCUGGGGAUUCAGUGCUUGGCUCCUUGGGGUCGUAAGGCCCUGGCACCUGAGUGGCUGUGAACUGGAUGAAAACAACGACAACGGCCUCAAGGAGCAGCAGCCGCAGCGACUCAGAGGCAAGCCCUGAACCCCGGAAUUCGUGAUACCGAGUGGCAGUGGGACUGAGUGGGCCCAGCUUUGUCUUUUUGACAGGAAAGCAACAUCCUCCCAUGGAGGAGAAGGGGACUGAGCCCAGAGAGGGCAAGGAAUAUGGCCACGAUCACUUGGCAGGCUGGGGGCACAGGACUCCCAGCGGCUCAGCCAAGUCACCCCAUGGCAGUGUGGCUGGACAGAGGAGCAGCGGGCACUGGGUGUGCCGCGGUGGGGGUCCCUGAGCCCUGAGUCUCUGGCCAGCCCAUUCCCGGGGCACUAGGAGGCAUGACAGCCCUGGUCUAAUAAAUCCUCAAGAAAUUU